AUGGCGCUUCAGAAUUUUGCUGCCAUGUCGCAAGCAGCUAACAUUGCCCUGCCGCCGCAAACGGCCCAAUUCGCUCCAACUGCGACCGCUCCGAUGCCGCCCGUAUCGGUUGCUGCUGUUGCCGCUGCUGCUGCAGCUGCGGCAGCAGCGGCCGAAUCCAGUGGACCGGGAACAACAACGACAACGCUCCAGCAUAGCCGGAAACGUGCUCUGGAAGAGGAACAGGCGGCUGCUGCAGCCGCUGCUGCUCAUGCUGCUGCUGCUGCUCAUGCUGCUGCUGCUGCCCAUGCUGCUGCUGCUGCUAACGUUGGUCCGUCAACAUCGCAACAGUUCGACCAGAACUCCUUUCUCCUUGCUGCUGCUGCUGCUGCGGCAGGUGCUGUGCCAUGUAAACGACCAGCUGUUGAGAAAAGUGGUGUACCGGUGUAUGCAAAUGGUGCUACAGCUCAGCUAGCUGCGGCCCAAGUACCGCAGGCCACCUUCAAUCCGUAUCUGAUCCCGAGUAUUGGCUAUAUGCCAACAGUGUCAUGUAAGUUUUGCAGAUUUUCUUUGGAACACGCCAUUUCCGAACUGCUGCUCCAUGAUUCGCCGCUUAGCAGCAUUUUUUAA